AGCCGCUUCUCCUCACAUACAGAGUUCCUGCUGCAGGGUGGAGUUUCCCCCAGAAUAACAAACUCACUCGAACCUCACCAUGGCUGACCGUAGGGUGGCCCCGGUUUUGGCUAUGAUUCUCAUCCUGGUUGCACCAGCCCUGAGCGGAUGCCCAAGCGCCUGCCGCUGCUCCUUCGCCAUGCUUCAAUGCCUGGAGCCAGACGGAAUCACCAGCAUCCCUGCAUUGGCAGCACAGGAGAGCGAAAACGUGACUGAAAUCUACAUAGAGAGUCAAGAAAACCUGGAGAACAUCACAGACAUAGACCUCACCAACUACAGAGAACUGAAGAACCUGACAGUCACAGAUUGUGGGUUGGUACACAUCUCUGAAAAUGCAUUCCAGCAUAAUUUUAAACUGCAGUAUGUAAACCUGGCCUCAAAUUUUCUGGUUCACAUCAGUUGGAGGGUGUUCCAGUCGGUCCCUCUGUUGAGUCUAAUCUUGAGGGACAAUCAGCUCACCUGCUCAUGUGACAUUUACUGGCUUCAGCAGUGGCACAGAAAAAGACAAAGCGACACAGAUUCUCAACAAAACUGCAUUUACAAUGGCAACAACAUUCAGCUGGAUUCAUUUGAAAUGGAUAACUGCAGCAUUCCUGAGGUCACAAUUCACCCAUCGACACUGACCACUCAAGAAGGUGGAAAUCUGACCUUUACCUGCCUGGUGACUGGAGUACCAACACCGACGAUCCGCUGGAGAACAGAGCACCUACAGUCCAGCUGGAACCUGCAGCAGGGAAUCUGGGGUUCAACCCUGGAGCUGGUUCUCCAAAUGAGGAACGUGUCAUCUACAGACAACCUGCACAACCUCACCUGUGAGGCGGAGAACCGUGCUGGAAUGGGAGAAGCCAUGGUGCAGAUAGACAUUGAAUUUCCAGUGCGGAUCUUGUUUCUAAAGGACCCAGAAUCACAACAUCACUGGUGUUUUCCAUUCGCUGUGAACAGCAAUCCUCCCGCCACCUUCAAAUGGCUGUACAACAACCAGACUCUCGUCGAAUCACUCUACACCUACACCGAGCUGAUCAGAGACGAAGCCGAUGGCUCCGUUCAACACGGCUGUCUGUAUCUCAACAAGCCCACACACCUCAACAACGGCAACUACACGCUCAUCGUGGAGAAUAAACUGGGUAGAGACCAGGCUACGGUAAGCUGGAGGUUCAUGGACAAUCCCUUUGACCCCUUUGACCCGGAGGGCAUCAUUCCUGUUCUCACUGAAAACCCAACAGCUCCCACUAACCAGUCAACGGAGACGGAGAAACUGGAGAGCACAGUGUUUGGGGUGUCAGUAGCCGUGGGUCUCGCUGUGUUCACUUGCACAUUUCUGCUCAUCAUGGUUGUCGCCAUCAAUAAAUUUGGACAGCGUUCCAAAUUUGGCAUCCAUCGAUCAUCUGUUCUCGGCACUGAGGAUGAUUUGGCCAUAUCGCUUCGCUUCAUGAACUUCGGUGCGAGUCCUCCAUCUUCAGAUGAUAGCACGCUGGACUCUGGUUUGUCCAGUUUUGUAGAGAACCCGCAGUACUUCUGUGGCAUCAUCAAAGAUAAAGACAUGUGUGUCCAGCACAUUAAAAGAAAAGACAUUGUUUUGAAGUGGGAACUGGGUGAAGGAGCUUUUGGCAAAGUUUACCUGGCAGAAUGUGCCAACCUCUGUCCGGAUACUGACAAGAUGCUGGUCGCUAUCAAGACCUUGAAAGUCACCGACGAGUCCACCCGGCAGGACUUCCAGCGCGAGGCCGAGCUGCUCACUGUGCUACAGCAUGAACACAUAGUGCGCUUCUACGGCGUGUGUACAGACGGAGAACCUCUGGCCAUGGUGUUUGAGUACAUGCGACACGGAGACCUCAACCGCUUUCUAAGGGCUCAUGGUCCAGAUGCUAGUAUCCUGGAUGAGAUGAAGGUUCCUCUGAUGGGUCAGUUGACUGUUCCUCAGAUGCUCCACAUCGCAGCUCAGAUCGCCUCGGGCAUGGUGUACCUCGCUUCCCUUCAUUUUGUCCACAGAGACCUGGCCACCAGGAACUGUUUGGUUGGAGAAGGGCUGGUGGUGAAGAUCGGGGACUUUGGGAUGUCGAGAGACAUUUACAGCACAGAUUACUACAGGGUCGGUGGGAGGACGAUGCUGCCCAUUCGCUGGAUGCCGCCAGAAAGCAUCAUGUACAGGAAGUUCACCACGGAGAGCGACAUCUGGAGCUUUGGAGUGGUCCUUUGGGAAAUCUUCACCUACGGCAAACAACCAUGGUAUCAGCUAUCCAACAGUGAGGCCAUUGAGUGCAUCACACAGGGGCGAGAGCUGGAACGGCCUCGUACCUGCCCGAAGGAAGUGCAUCUCCUCAUGCAGGGCUGCUGGCAGAGAGAACCACAGCAGAGGCUUGUCAUCAAAGAUAUCUACAGCCGGCUCGUGGCCCUCGUCAAGAACCCGCCCAUCUAUCUGGACAUCCUGGAGUAACAGAACCCUGAUGGAA